GCGCUCUCUCUCUAUGUUUCUUCUCUCGUUGUUUCUGUCGAACCUUCAACCCUUAGCCUCUCCAGUCAACUGCAACUCUCCACCCGAGAAAGGCUCCGAAGCCCUAGAUGUGAUUAACCAAUUGCCGAAUGGAACAGGUUGCCAGCCAAGGAUACUGCAUGGACUGCCCAGCGGGUGCCAUUGGUGCUUGCGGUGGUGUGACUGGUGUAAGCAUUGGUUUUUGCUUUGAGUGUGAAGAGUCUGAUAGAGACAUAUGACUACUAACUUAUGACUACUAACUUGAAGUGUCUCAACUUUGUUCAAGGAUGCCUG